AUGCCGUCGCUCGGCGCAGCGCUCGACAAGCUCGCAAAUGAGUGCGAGCAGAUCGACUUCUACUCGAGCCAGAACAUCCGGCCCGCGGGGCCAUUCACGACAGCGUACCUGUAUCUCCAGCCUCCAGGCAGCAGGGCACCGAAGCGCACGGUGCUGAAUCUGAUCCGGGACUCGAACGAGUCGGAGCGCAAGCCGUACCGGUUCAUCGGGGAAGAAACACAAGCUGGCUCGUCGCGCGCGGGCGAGCUCGGCAUUACGGGCGGGACGGGCCAGCGGCGGGUCGAGCUGCGCGAGGGGCACCAGCUCACACCGCUCAAGGCGUUACGCAGGACGCGCGGCACCGGCGCCGAGGUCGACCACGCGCUCUCGGCCGCCGAGCAGAUUGUCGACGCGCUCGUCGACUCGUACCGGCCCAUGUCGCGCGCCAAGGCGCACAUCCACUCCUUGGUCGACACGCACAGGCGGCACGCGGCGCGCACAGCCGAGCUGCAGGCGCUCAUCGCGGAGGCCUCCAAGCCGGCCCCGAAGGCAGAGGCCAAGCCCGCGCCCACGAAGGCAUCUACGCCGCCCCCGCCGCUUGGGAUUGACGAGGCGAUCGCGGCGGAAGAGGAGGCCCUGCGCGCGCUCGAGGCAAAUCUCAAGGCGCUGCGGAGCCAGCAGAAGGAGCUCCGAAGCUCGGGGCCGACGCCGGCCCGCGGAGGGCUGUACGGCCAGGGUCAGCAGCAGCUGCAGGCGCCGCGCACUCCCCGUGAAAUGCCCGUGGUUACCAACUCGCUGGUCAACAUGACCACACCGCAUCGGGCCUCGGGCCCGCCGCCAGGGAGCAAGUUCUCGCCUUUGCAUCUGCUGGGCACGCCGCGUGCAGCGUCGUCUCUCCGUCCCUCGGUGCUCGGGGCCGCCGAUGAGUCGCGCACUAUCUUUGCGCGCCCGCCGACCUUCACGCCGGCUGGUGCGGGCAGAUUCCAGGCCUCGCCGUUUGUCGCGACACCGAACGUGAACGACUCGCUGGUGGCGACACCACGGCCCGUGGCGCCUGUGGCGGUCACGCCGGUGCCGGUGCACACGCUGCCCGCGGUUACGCCUGCCGCGCCUACACCCCUGCCGGUGCCGACGCCAGCCGCGGUGGAGCCUGCUCCCUCGCCUGCACCAGCACCAGGCGUCCGAAGAGUCGAAGGUGUUGAGGUGGACCUGCCGUUCAUCGGCCCGUCAAUCGACAAGAUCUGGGACAAGCUCGGCGACCUGAUGCUGCUCGGUGCCGACGAGCCAGUGGACAAGACGCCAGAGGCGACAAUUGCGCACCUGCACCGGCUAUCACGCGCCGACCCGCUGGCGGCGCCGUCCACGGCGUCGGUGCAGAGCGGCGGCGGCGACGCGCCACCAAUCACGUCUGAAGCGAUCCUGCUAUCACACCUCGCGCUCAUGCUUCUCCGGAGUGGGAAGAGCAGCGCCGGCCCCAACCCCGAGGCGUUCGUGCCCAUGCCCGAGGCGAAGAGCGGGCUCGGGGCCGUGUGCCGCGCGCGCGGGUGGGACGGGGCGGAGGAUCUGGCGAGCAAGACCAUCUAUGCUGCGCAACAAAUGCUGGACACGCUGCGCGCCGAUCCCCAGACCAGCGAGGAGGAGCACUUCCGUCUCGUGCUGGUGCAGACUGAGAUGGAAAGGGCAAAGUAUCUCGUGCGGAGCUACGUGCGGGUCAGGUUGCACAAGAUCGAAAAGUUCGCCCAGCACAUUGUCUCCACGCCCGACCUGCACCCCCUCUUCUCGGGCGCCGAACUGGCCCACGCGCACAAGUACGCCGAGCUCGUGUCGCAGCACUACGCGCACUCGGUGCUCGACUCGCUGCCCGAGUGGCUGAGGCGCACGGACGAGACGUACGGGGAUGGGGUGUCGAUGGUGCCCACACCGAAUGCUAAUACGCCUGUUUUGGUGCUCUGUCGCAAGGACUGCGGCGAGGUCACGCUCGAGCACGGCGACACGGCGUACCUCGCAGAAGGCACAACCCAUCUCGUCCGGUACCACCUCGUCGAGCGCUGGAUCGCGCUCGGCUGGGCAGAGGUGCUGUAGCGGCCACGCCCGCACACUCUGCCUCACAUAGUCACCCACCCCACCCCCCACACCAGCCUACAUAUGCAUGC